UCGCCCGGCAGUUUUCUCCAGCGAGAGCGGGAGUCACUCGUGUCCGUGAGCAAGUUCCGCAACUGCAAAGAGAGUCCCGCGGUGAUUCAAAAGGCCGGACGGCGCAACGAGUAACGCGUUCCACAUUUUUCUUCAGGAUUACGUAUAUACGAGAACGCGAAUCAGACGGAGAAGAAUCUACAGUAAACGAAGUUUAACAUAAAUUACACGGCAAAAUGCCUGCUCAGUUUGAAAGUAUCAACAGUCCUAUGACGCGGGAACCCGUGGUCGGAAAUGGAGUACCAUAUUCCAUCGACAGUGACAUCGUCAUUACGGGCAUUUCAGGUCGUCUGCCCGAAUCGUCAAACAUCGAGGAAUUUAAAGAGAAUCUAAUGAAGGAAGUUGACAUGGUUACCGAUGACGAUCGCCGUUUUACGCCGGGUAUCCACGGAUUACCGCUCAGAUCCGCCAAGCUGAAGAACCUCAGUAGCUUCGACGCCUCGUUUUUUGGGGUGCAUCCCAAACAAGCAGAUGUAAUGGAUCCACAGCUUCGAAUGUUGUUAGAAAUCACGCACGAGGCAAUAGUUGAUGCUGGCAUCAAUCCCUCGGCCGUGAGAGGAUCGCGUACCGGCGUGUUUAUCGGCGUUUCUUCUUCAGAAUCUGAUGAAUUUUGGACGAAAGAGAUAGAUAAAAUCACUGGAUAUGAACUGACCGGAUGUUGCAGAGCAAUGUUCGCCAAUAGAAUCUCUUAUACAUUCGACUUCACCGGACCUAGUUAUGCAGUAGACACGGCUUGUUCCUCAUCGUUGUACGCCAUGCAUCAUGCGAUUGCCGCAAUGCGCGCCGGCGAGUGCGACGCCGCGAUUGUCGGCGGAGCGAAUCUCCUGCUGAAGCCUGCGAAUGCGCUUCAAUUUCACAGGCUGAGCAUGCUGUCUGAGGAUGGUAAAUGCAAAGCAUUCGACUCCGCGGGUAAAGGUUACGUAAGAGCCGAGGCGGUGGCGGCAAUAUAUUUACAGAAGGCAAAGGAUGCGCGCAGGGUGUACGCCACAGUGCUUCACACGAAAACGAACACUGACGGUCACAAACGUCAGGGUAUCACGUAUCCGAACGGUAAUAUGCAGAAUAAAUUGAUGCGCGAGGUGUACAACGAGGUCGGGAUCAAUCCCGCGGACGUGGUCUACGUGGAGGCCCACGGUACCGGCACCAAGGUCGGUGAUCCGGAAGAAAUCAACUCUGUCGACGAACUGUUCUGCAAAAACAGGACGGCGCCCCUGCUCAUCGGUUCCAUCAAGUCCAACAUGGGUCACUCGGAACCUGCCAGCGGACUGUGCGCGAUCGCCAAGAUGUUGAUCGCGAUGGAAGCGGGCGUGAUCCCCGCAAACUUACACUUCGAGAGUCCGAAUCCGAACAUUCCUGGCUUGUUGGAAGGACGUCUCAAAGUGGUCGACAAGGCUACGCCGUGGAACGGCGGUAUCAUAGGCAUCAACUCGUUCGGUUUCGGCGGCGCGAACGCGCACGUCGUUCUGCGCAGCAAUCCAAAGCCAAAAUUGUCACCGGUGCUGGACACCGAACUCUUACCCAGACUGGUCGCCGUGUCGGGUCGCACGCAGGAGGCCGUACACACUUUGCUGGACAAAGCGAAGGAGCAUCGGACAGACGACGAGUUUCUCUCGUUGCUGCACGGUGUGCACAACAACAACAUACCGGGUCACAAGAUUCGCGGCUACGACAUAUUGAGCGUCGAUGGGAUGCGCGAGAUAGCCGAUGUGGUGAUCCAGGAAGAGAAACGUCCCAUCUGGUUCGUAUUCUCCGGUAUGGGCGCGCAGUGGGCCGGCAUGGGUCGCGAGCUGCUCGGCAUCGAGGUCUUCCAGCGUAGUCUGCACCGGUGCGCGGACGCGCUGAGGCCGCACGGCAUCGAUCUCAUGGACAUCAUCAUGAAUAGCACGGAAGAGACGUUCGAGAACGUGAUAAAUUCCUUCGUGUCGAUCGCGGCCAUGCAGGUCGCCCUCGUCGACGUGCUGACGUCCAUAGGCGUACAUCCGGACGGCAUAGUCGGGCACUCCGUCGGGGAGCUGGGCUGCGCCUACGCCGACGGCUCGUUCACGCCGGAGCAGACCGUUAUAGCAGCCUACUGCAGAGGCAAGUCGAUCAAGGACUCGAAACUGGACGUGGGCGCCAUGGCGGCGGUGGGUCUGAGCUGGGAGCAGGCGAAGAGUAUGUGCCCGCCCGACAUCAUUCCGGCGUGUCACAAUUCCGCGGAGUCGGUGACCGUUUCCGGUCAGCCGAAAUCUCUGAAAAAGUUUGUGGAGGAAUUGAAGAGCAAAGACAUCUUCGCCAAAUUGGUGAAGAGUUCCGGCGUCGCUUUCCACAGCAAAUACAUCGCCACGGCCGGGCCCAAGUUACGCGCCUCGCUCGAUCAAAUCAUACCGAAUCCGAAACAGAGGUCGGCCAGAUGGAUCUCCACCUCCAUACCCGAGGCCGCGUGGGGCAGUCCACUCGCGCAGUUCAGCUCGUCCGCGUAUCACGUCAACAACUUGCUGUCGCCCGUACUCUUCCACGAAGCGAUCAAACACAUUCCGGAGAACGCAAUUACAAUCGAAAUCGCGCCUCACUGCUUGCUGCAGGCGAUCCUGCGGAGAUCGUUACCGCCGACGGUCACCAACAUCGGUCUGCACAAGCAGGGUCACGCGAACAAUCUGGCCUUUUUGCUGUCCAGCGUGGGCAAGCUGUACGUGGCCGGCGCGCAGCCGGACAUCUCCAAGCUUUAUCCGCCUGUGAGUUUCCCCGUCGGUCGCGGAACACCGAUGAUCGGCCCGCUGGUGAAAUGGGAUCAUUCCACCGACUGGGAAGUGGCCACGUUCAAGCAGGUGUCGGGACGAUCGGGAGAAUGCGUGGUCCAAGUGGAUCUGUCGAAGGAAACGGACGCGCACAUAGCGGGACAUCAAAUAGACGGGCGGAUCCUUUUCCCGGCCACCGGCUACAUUCUGCUGGUGUGGAAAACUCUGGCGAAGCUGCGCGGCGUCGAAUACGAUCGGUUGCCAGUGGUGUUGGAGAACGUGCGGUUCCAGCGCGCCACCAUAAUGCCGAAGGAGGGAGUGGUGAAGUUCUCCAUAACCAUCUUGGAGGGAUCGGGCAACUUUGAAAUAUGCGAGGGCGGCACGGUCGCCGUCAGCGGAAACAUCCGCGUGUCCGAAGCCAUCGAGAAGGAUCAGUUGAAAUUGUCGCCGCCGCUGAUGCCGUCCGCCGACAAGGAGACUCUGCCGAUGGACACGAAAGACGUUUACAAGGAACUGAGACUGCGCGGAUACGAGUACCGCGGCCUCUUCCAAGGCAUCAAAUCCUGCGACAAUUAUGCCACCGCCGGCGAACUUCGCUGGUCCAACGAGUGGAUCUCUUAUAUCGAUACCAUGCUUCAGUUCAGCAUACUGUCCACCAGCCACAAGCUGCUGUAUCUGCCGUCCCGUUUGCAAUACGCCGCGAUCAAUCCUGUACUUCACAGGCAACUGGUGGACGAAUUACCGGAGGACGGCGCACUGCCGGUGUAUAAUUACAAGAACAUCAAUAUCGUCAAAUCUGGCGGCAUUGAACUCAGGGGAUUGAAGGCUUCCUUGGCACCACGACGACAACAGUCUCAAGCCGAUCCCAAACACGAGCGAUACACUUUCGUACCUUAUGAGAAUCCGCACAGUCUGGUGGAGGAUCCGACGAGAGGAAAGGUGCACGCGCUCACCGUGCUUCUGCAGACCAUGUUUGAGAAUAUAAUGGCGCUGAAGAUCAAAGCCGUGGAAGUUGCGGGCGAACGAGCCGCGGAAGCCCUCUUGACGCCGCUCGUGCUGGACAUUCUCUAUGGCGAACCUGGUCCGCAUAUUGUCGAUAUACAGGUGGCCACUGUUUCUCCGGACCAUUACACGGCGACUCUCGAUCAACUGGACAUGAACGUUGAGGUUGUGGCGCGUGACGUGAACAACGCACCUCCGGCUCAAGACGUGCACCUUGUCAUAGCAGCGGACGUCUUGUCCAAUCAAUUAUACACCGUUCUCAAAAAUCUGGCGGCCGCAUUAAAGCCCAACGGUUUCGUUCUUCUGGAGGAGACUAGCACCCAGCUAAAUUUGAACACCGCGUUGAAACACGCGGGUCUGUCGUUGGUCGGAAAGCAAGUCGAUCCCGUGGGGAAGACUUAUCUCUUGCUGAAGAAACAAGAAAAGAAUGGCGAACCGAUCGUAAUACAGAUCACAGAAAAGAAUCUCUCGUGGUUGGAGGGCGUGAAGGCAGCGCUGAAGAAAUCCGAAACGGAAGAACAGGAAGUGCUCCUUGUAUCCCAAGGCGAAGAAUCACUCGGCCUCGUGGGACUCAUGACUUGCAUUCGGCGCGAAUCGGGCGGUGCAAACGCCCGCUACGUCUUCAUCCAGGAUAAAAACGCACCCAAGUUUGGCCUAUCUGUGCAAUUCUACAAGCAACAGUUGAGCAAGGGCCUAAUGGCCAACGUGCUGAAGGGGGAACAGUGGGGCAGUUAUCGGCACCUGCAAUUGGAUCAGCAGAGCAACCUGUCUUCUCUCCAAGUGGAGCAUGCCUAUGUAAACGCGCUAAUGCGGGGAGAUUUGAGCAGCCUAAGAUGGAUCGAGGGUCCGUUGAGUUACUAUCGGCCCGACAAUUUCUCAAAUACAACGCUGUGCAGCGUGUACUACGCUCCGUUGAACUUUAGGGAUAUCAUGUUGGCGAGCGGCAAACUGCCGCCGGACGCCUUGCCGGGAAAGAUGGCCACGGAGGAUUGUAUAUUGGGACUCGAGUUUUCCGGAAGGGACGAGGACGGCCGUCGUGUGAUGGGCAUGGUCGAGGCCAGAGGACUGGCGACCACCGUGGUGGCGGACUGUGGUUUCCUUUGGGAGAUACCAGACAAAUGGACGCUGGAACAGGCGGCGACGAUACCCGUCGCCUACGCGACCAGUUACUACGCGCUGUUCGUGCGCGGUGAACUGAAGCCGGGCGAGAGCAUUCUGAUUCACGCCGGUACAGGCGGCGUCGGCCAAGCGGCGAUCGCCAUCGCUCUGCACGCCGGCUGCACGGUCUUCACCACCGUCGGCACGCAGGAUAAGAGAGAGUACAUCAAGAAGACUUUCCCUCAGUUGACCGACCGACACAUCGGCAAUUCACGAGACACCAGCUUCGAACAGCUGAUACUUAACGAGACGCAGGGACGCGGAGUCGACGUGAUACUGAAUUCACUGGCGGAGGAUAAACUGCAGGCUGGCAUACGGUGCCUCGCGAUGAACGGACGCUUCCUCGAGAUCGGCAAGUACGAUCUGUCGAACGACAGUCGCGUGGGGAUGUCGAUGUUCCUGAAGAACACGGCCUUCCACGGUAUAUUGUUGGACGCGUUGUUCGGCGAGGAUUGCCCGGAGAAGAAAGAAGUGGUGAGAUUGGUUUCGGAGGGAAUCUUGAACGGUGCGGUGCGCCCGCUGCCCUCGACUGUGUUCUCGGAGCAGCAGCUCGAGCAGGGAUUCCGAUUCAUGGCGACGGGCAAGCACAUCGGUAAGGUGCUGCUGAAGAUCCGGGAGGAGGAACCGAAGGAACGCGUGAUGCCGAUGCCGAAGAUCGUUGCCGCGAUACCGCGUACUUACAUGAAUCCGGAGAAAUCGUACGUGCUGAUCGGCGGUCUUGGCGGUUUCGGUCUGGAAUUGGCCAACUGGAUGAUCGCCCGCGGCGCCAAGUUCAUUGUUCUCGUGUCGCGCUCGGGCAUACGCACCGGUUACCAGGCGUUGUGCGUGCGACGCUGGCGCGAAAAGGGCGUGAAGGUCGCCAUCUCCACGGCGGACGUCACGACACUGGCGGGCGCCGAGCGCUUGAUCGCGGAAAGCAGCCGGCUGGCACCGGUAGGCGGUAUAUUCAACCUGGCGGCCGUCCUGCGCGACGCCUUGAUCGAGAAUCUGGAAGAGGCGGAUUACAGGACGGUGAUAUUGCCGAAAGUCAGCGGUACGAGGAAUCUGGACGUGGCGUCCAGGAAGUCCUGCCCGUCCCUGGAUUACUUCGUCGUGUUCUCGUCCAUAUCGUGCGGUCGCGGAAACGCGGGCCAAACCAAUUACGGUUUCGCAAACUCGACUAUGGAGAGAUUGAUGGAGCAGAGACAGGCUAAUGGCUUGCCUGGUCUCGCUAUUCAGUGGGGCGCUAUCGGAGACGUCGGCUUAGUUAUAGAAACAAUGGGAGAUAACGAUACCGAAGUGGGCGGUACCUUACCGCAGCAUAUAGCGAGUUGCCUCGCCACCAUGGACACGUUCCUUCAGCAGCCACAUCCGGUGCUAGCUUCCGCGGUGUUAGCUGAGAAAUACAAAUCCGCGGACGGCGGCAACAAGGCCGGCCUCGUUGAAGCGAUCGCCAAUAUCUUGGGUAUCAAAGAAGUGAACUCGAUCAAUCCCAACAACAGUCUGGCCGAUUUGGGUAUGGACUCGCUGAUGGGCACGGAGAUAAAACAGACCCUCGAGAGGAACUACGAAGUCGUGUUGUCGCCCCAAGAUAUCCGUAACUUGACUUUCGGCAAACUGCAAGAAUUAUCUUCGGCGAGUGGCGAGACGGCGAAGGAACAGCAACCUCCCGCCGCGAGUGUGGCAACUACUACCGCGGUCUCGGACGCCAGCGUCGCCAGCAACAACAUGCUGCUGAUGCAGUGGCCGAGUAACGAAUUACUCCCUAAGGAAUUCCUCGUCCGCCUCAAGACGAAGAGCUCGAAGGGACCGGCAUUGUUUAUCGUUCACGCGAUCGAGGGUCUGGCGGCACAUCUCGAAGACAUGGCCAGCGAACUCGAGAGACCACUUUGGGGUCUGCAAAGCACCAAAGAAACACCCCAUGACACGAUACUCAACAUGGCUGCGUUUUACGUAAGCGCCAUCAGGAAGGUCCAGAAGAAGGGACCGUACCACGUGGCGGGAUAUUCGUUUGGCGCUUGCGUCGCGAUUGAGAUGGCCCUGCAAUUGGAAACCGCCGGAGAAAAGGUUCAACUGAGUUUGAUCGACGGUUCGUCGGCAUUCGUGCACCUGCAAACGAAGCAGAUCAGUAGAUUAUUGUCUAAUGAGGAUGUAAUGGAAGGUUACGUAAAAGCGAUGGCGUUUUUCACCAUACAGUUCAACAAGAGCAUUACUUACCUACAAGCAUGCAGUAUGCUAGCAAACAUUACGCAGAUGGAGGAUAUCCAAGAGAAUAUGUUGAAAGUGAUAGGCGACACGCCGUUUGACAACGAAGAUCUGAAGAUCGCCGGACACCUUUUGUUCCUAAAGUUGUUAGCUGCUUCAUUAUACGAACCGAGCAAAAAGUUCAACGGACCAGUCACACUGAUUAAAGCUACAGAUAACUAUAUAAAUAUAGAAGAGGAUUACGGUUUAUCAAAGAUCUGCACGCAACCGGUGAGAAUAGAAGAAGUGGAAGGAAACCACAGGACGAUACUGUUGGGAGAAAGUGCGAAAAAGAUCGCCGAUUUCUUGCGAGUGUAAUUUGCGGAACGCGAGGAAUGUUUUUUUUAAAGAAUUGAACACGUAGCUAAGUUAGGAACCUGCGUAUAUUUUAUUACGCACGAAAAUAGUUACGUGACAUGGCGCGAUGCCGGCGGAACUUAAUAAUCCCCAUACAGACAGAAAGAUUGCAAAGACAUUGAUGAUAUUAUUUCAUUAUAAAAUUGCGAUAUUGUAAAUAUGUUGCUUAAUGUUGUCGCAAAACUAUUGUAGAAUUGCAGCGACAUUGAAGUGCACGCCUUUUAAAAGAUUGCAAUAUCAUGCAUAUGAUUGUUGGAAUUUGGCAAUUCCAAAUUGCCUCUAAAUUGUCUCCGUGACAAUGCAUUGCAAUUUGCAAGAUUGCCACGUUACCACAAUGUGUCUUGUAAAAGAUUCUGUGCUGUAUAGAUUAAUAUGGAUUAGUUGCAUAGAGUUCUCUUGCGUAUAUGUUCCUCGUCAUAUACUUUAAUUAGGAAGUUCACAUAAUCGCAAACAAGCAGAUUGUACAAAGUGAAAAACGCGCAAGACAAGAGAAAAAAAUGCAUUAUCUUAGAAUGGUAUCUGUACCAUUUCAUUUCAAUUGAAUAUAAUAAAUUAUUGUAAUUUUUAAAUACACGAGAUCAAUUUAGGAAUUUUUUUUUUAAGACUACGCAAAUCUUUGUGAUGAUUUCCAAAGUGGAUCAACGUCCAUUAUUAAACUUAUGCGCAUAUAUGCGCAUAUUUAUUUAUUUAAAUUAUGUAAUAAUUAGUGCAUCGCGUUAUUGUUUUCCACUUAGUAAUUAAUGAUAUUUUUUUAAGUGGGUUGAUCUCCUAUUCUCUAGCUUAAUAGAUUUCUCUAGUGCUUUUCAUCACAGUAUUGUGAUGAGAUUGUACAUAAUGACAAAAUUAUACCAAAACAUUCCUUAA